ACCAAUGAGAACGAGACAUUGAAUGACAGCUGUCCAAUAGGGACCCUCAGUGCUGGUACGGUUUGCGGCUUAAGCGCCGCCGCGGUCUGAGGAAUGUCAACUAUUCAACAUGGAGGCGGAGGUCGAUAAGCUGGAACUGAUGUUCCAGAAAGCUGACUCUGAUCUGGACUACAUUCAGUACAGGCUGGAAUAUGAAAUCAAGACUAAUUAUCCUGAUUCAGCAGGCAAGAAAAAUCCAGUUACACUUGUAAAGGAAUUGUCAGCAAUAAAGUCUCGAUAUCAGACUUUGCAUGUUCGUUUUAAACCAAUUUCUGUGGAGCAGAAAGAGACUAAGAGCCGCAUUUGUGCUACUUUCAAUAAGACUAUGACCUUGAUACAAGAACUGCAGAAGGAAACAGACCUGGAGCUGUUACCACUGACUGAAGAAGAGAAAACUGCGGCAGAGCAAUUAAGAGCUCACAUGUCAGACUUCUGAGGAAGAAAUGGACUUGCAAAAAGGAACUCUAAUGGGGAAGAAAUCAAUCCCAGAAAUUUAGGAAAAUGUCUUGUUAACAUUGAUGACUAUUGGUCGGGAGAUGACAAAGGAGAUUUGGCUUGGAUCACUGGAUAGUGAUGCCUUCCACAGGAGGGGGGAUACAAGAGAAGGGCAGAUAUUGUAUUAAUAAAGUUCAGCCAAAGGGGCAGAAUGGAAAUAAAGAGAUUUUUUAAAUAUAUGCACACAUGCUUAGUAAUUUCAGGCAAGGAAGUCCCAACACCAUUUCGUAUCUGUUUUUGUGUAAGUGGGAUAACACAGAUGUCCUGACUGACCUAUUGCAAAAGAAUAUUAUGUACUAUCAGUCAGUCAGAUGUGAAUGAACAUGCUUGGGAAAUUAAAGGUUAGAAAAAUAUUUGUACUAUAUUAUACAUAUGUAAAUAAUUUUAUUGUUGAAAAUUCUGAACGCAGAUGUGGGUCACAUUACUGGUGAGACUGCUAACAUGUGACUUGACAGUCUCCCACAAUACCUAACUUAGUAGAAAGCUGGCUUUUCUGUGACAGCUUCACUUUUAUUUUUGUCCUGUUCCUUCCGCCUGCCAACGUUGAGCAUGAGCUCUGCUUUCUAAUGCUGUUUCAGAUUGCCCCUGUCAUAUUUCAGGAACCUGAAAUAUGCCUUUGUUCUCCUCUAGUCUCUAUUACUGUACUUGUUCAGUUCAUUCUAUUGUAAAUCUCUAUAUAUGAACCUUCAAGUUGUGAACGUUCGAAGACGUAAACGUGUGUUUUCCCCUCCAGUCACAUAAGUUAGCUCUGUUUGAGGAGGCACUGUUAGGUUUUGAGGCACAGGACCCGAGUGUAGGAUGGUACAUGAAGGUUGCAGCGGCCAUUCAGAAUGUAAUUCAGUGCUACCGUGGCAUCUAUGAUGAGAAAAAAAGAGCUCCCACUCAGACAUUAUUGGAUUGUUCUUCAAGAAGGCAGACAGAAUUGACCAGCAAGGAACCAGACCCUGUGCCCUCAACUGCAGGUGUGAAAUCGCAGCUUGCCUUCUGUCUCCUGUUGCUGAUGACCCUUCAGCUCUACCAUCUCCCUCCUCCCCUCCCUCUCCAGUCAGUAACUCUUCUUGCCUGUUCACUCGAUGCCAGCCCCUGUUGUCCUGUACUACUGUGCUUUUCAACAUACUGUACUUUCAGAUUAAAAAUGUUUUAUUUCUUUGUGUUUGUUUCAUAUGUAUUAUUUGUGUGAAAACUAUCAUAAACCUAUCACAGUACAGUACUAUAUAGCUGACUGUUAGCUGGCCACCUAGGCUAACUUUGUUGGAUUUAACAAAGAAGCUGGACUUAAGGAACGCACUCUUAGAAUGGAACUUGUUCAUGUGUAGCGGAACUACUGUAUGUGAAAGCUAAGAAAUGGAAAUGAGAGGAUUGUUGCAACUGCUGUUUACCAGUUUUGUGUGUAUGUGUAUGGGUGUGUGUGUGCACCGGUGUCCCUAUUUUAUUUUUUUUUAAAUGGCAAGUAAAUAAGUAAAUGAUGGUAUGCACUAGGAGGUCGAGUUACCAAUAAAUUAUCACUGUUAAUGUUCUGGGAAACGCUGAAGCUAUGCUAAAAAGUUGAGAGGAGAAGCAGAUAUUGGAGAAGCAGAUACUGGAGAUGUAAAGCAGGUUUUAAAUUCUAGCUGUACACGCCUGAGCAAACCACUUAACCUGUGUGUGUCAGGAUGACUGGAAGGACAAUGAGACGGUGAAGUAUUAAGGUUUGAUAUUUGGUAAUUCAAUAAAUAUUUCCACAUAUGUAAUAAAAACAAGAUACUGAAAGACCAGGAGAAAUGAAUCAAAUAUUAGUUUGCAGGUUAUGGAAUUAUACUUUUAUGUAAAUAAGAAUUUUUUCUGUUAUUAACAAACUUAUAAUAGCUGACAAACAGGGUUGGAAGAGUAGCUUCAGUUGAAAUUUCUAUUCUGAAUAUUUGGAGAACAGAAACUACCCUAACUUUUAAAUUACAAAUAAGUCGCACUUUAGUAACAUAUACUGCUCUUCUUCAGUUCUCAGGGAAGUAAUAUUGAGGAAGUUCCUGUCAUGAUAUGACUCUGGGAUGUGAUAUUGAUUGGUGGGAUUGAAAAAUGGUGGUAUCACAAAGUGGUCUUAACAAGUUACUGGAGUUAAAGUGUUUUGCUUUCAAUCAGGGAAAAAAAAAUGAUGUUUUUCCUCUGAGUUCCUUCACAAGUUACCUUAAAAUGUUGGUUCUUUCCCUCA